UUGACUACGGACGUGUUUUCGGUUCGAAGUCAAAGUCAUUAAAACAUCGCAACGGAUCGGUCGCCGCCUCGAAUCGGUUGAAGGUUCAGAAACUCGUCAAUUGACAUAAAUUGAGUGCAAUUUGCAGAGUGCGAAAUGUGUGUGUCUAACUGAGCCAAGAAAUUCGCUAAAUUCUCCGUCUUGUCGCGUGUGUUCAGUUCACUUUGUCAGCUUAAUUAGAGAACAUAAACAAAUCGCAUUCAGCAUCCGCGAUGGCCGACGAGAGUCUGCACACCAUGCCGCUGGAGCACAACAUCGACUACCAUAUCGUGACGUUGUUUGAGCGCCUGGAGGCGAUGCGCAAGGAUUCGCACGGCGGAGGCCACGGGGUCAACAAUCGGCUGUCCAGCACCCUGCAGGCGCCCAAACGCAACAUGCAGGCCGAGAUUCGCACGCUGGAGUUCUGGAGAUCCAUCAUCAGCGAGUGUCUGGCCUCGUUCCUCUACGUGUUCAUCGUUUGCGGUGCUGCCGCUGGAGUCGGCGUGGGUGCCAGUGUGUCGUCCGUGCUUUUGGCCACGGCUCUGGCCUCCGGACUGGCGAUGGCUACCCUGACGCAGUGCUUCCUCCACAUCUCGGGCGCCCACAUCAAUCCCGCCGUAACCCUGGCCCUCUGUGUAGUGCGAUCUAUAUCUCCGAUCAGGGCAGCCAUGUACAUUACCGCCCAAUGUGGCGGCGGAAUCGCUGGAGCAGCUCUCCUUUAUGGUAUUCCAUUUUGCAGGGUAACGGUGCCAGGAUACCAGGGCAAUCUGCAGGCCGCCAUCUCACAUAGCGCUGCUCUGGCCGCCUGGGAACGGUUCGGUGUGGAAUUCAUCCUCACCUUUCUGGUGGUUCUGUGCUAUUUCGUGUCCACGGAUCCCAUGAAGAAGUUCAUGGGCAACUCGGCCGCUUCGAUUGGAGCCGCCUACAGUGCCUGCUGCUUUGUGUCGAUGCCCUACCUGAAUCCGGCCCGCUCCCUGGGUCCCUCGUUUGUGCUGAACAAAUGGGACAGCCAGUGGGUGUACUGGUUCGGUCCGCUGGUGGGCGGCAUGGCCUCCGGCCUGGUCUACGAGUACAUCUUCAACUCGCGCCGCCACAUGCGCCAUACCAAGGGCAGCAUUGACAACGACUCCAGCUCGAUUCAUUCGGAGGACGAGCUGAACUACGACAUGGAGAACGAGAAGCCCGCCAAGUACCAGCAGUCGCAGGGCACCUAUCCGCGUGGUCAGUCCAAUGGAAACGGAGGAGGAGGCGGUGGCGGUCAGGUGACCGGCAAUGGUCAGCACCAAACCGCCAAUAUGGGCCAAAUGACCGGAGUGGUGGCCAAUACCGGUCAGGGCAACUACUGCCAGAACCUGUACACGGCUCCUCCGCUGUCCUCGAAGUACGACCAGCAGCAGCAGCAGGAGCCACUUUACGGAGGAACCCGAUCCCUGUACUGCCGCUCGCCCACUCUCACCAGGAGCAAUCUGAAUCGAUCGCAGUCGGUGUACGCCAAGAGCAACACGGCCAUCAAUCGGGACAUUGUGCCGCGUCCAGGUCCGCUGGUGCCCGCCCAGAGUCUCUACCCCAUGCGCACCCAGCAACAGCAGCAGCAACACCAGCAGCAGCAGCAACAGCAACAAGUGGCCCCAGCUCCUCAAUCCUCGCAUCUGCAGAACCAGAAUGUCCAGAAUCAGAUGCAACAACGCAGUGAGAGUAUCUAUGGAAUGCGUGGCUCCAUGCGAGGACAGCAACAGCCGCUCCAACAGCAGCAACAGCAGCAGCAACAGCUCCAGCAGCAACAGCCCAACAUGGCAGUGCAGCAGCAGCAACAGCAACAACAGUUGCAGCCUCCGCCGCAAAUGAUGGCCGAUCCUCAGCAGCAACCACAAGGUUUCCAGCCUGUCUACGGCACCCGCACGAAUCCCACGCCCAUGGACGGCAAUCACAAGUACGACAGACGCGACCCCCAGCAACUGUACGGCGUGACGGGACCACGGAAUCGGGGACAGUCGGCUCAGUCGGACGACAGCUCAUAUGGUUCGUACCAUGGGUCAGCGGUCACGCCGCCGGCACGUCAUCCCAGCGUGGAGCCGUCACCUCCGCCGCCGCCCAUGCUGAUGUACGCUCCGCCACCCCAGCCAAAUGCAGUCCAUCCGCAACCCAUUCGCACCCAGUCGGAGCGAAAAGUGAGUGCUCCGGUGGUGGUUUCCCAGCCGGCCACCUGUGCCGUGACCUACACGACCUCGCAGGGAGCAACGAUGGCCAGCCAACAGCAGCAGCAGCAACAGCAACAGCAGCAGCAACAACAACAGCAACAGCAGCAGCAACAUCAGCAGCAGCAGCAACAAAUGAUGAUGCAGCAACAACAGCAGCAACAUUAUGGAAUGCUGCCGCUGAGGCCCAACUGAAAGCGGCUGUCAUGGGGUCCGGUGACCACGCCCCCGCCAGGGAUUCACGCCCUCGCCCUCCAACCCGGAGGCACCAUGACCCUGCACCGCUGCAGCCUAGCCAAGCAGAGCAGUUUGUUUUAGUCGUAGUCUUAGUCGUGGUAGCACUCGGGCACCGCAUCCAAAGGAAAUGUACGCAAAAGUCUCAGCCCUUAGUCUACCAUAGUCCUAGUUUAGAUAGAUGCAGCAUAGCCACAUUGUAUUAUUCAAAGCCAACGCGACGAGGAACUCACACCUAGCAGCAGACAACGAUGCGAUCGAGCAUAGAACAUUUAAUCUUAAGGAACUAAUAUUGGCAAACCUUUACUAUACGAAUGUAGAUGAUCUACACUGAAAGAUAGCUGCAUUUAAUAAUAACUAAUAACUUUAAUUUUGUGAAAAAAAUAACUCCUAUUGUUUUGUCCACACCUUCCGAUUGCAAACAUUUAUGUUUCGAUUAUUUCUUUUCUUUUAUGAAAGAAACUCAUUAUACCAUGUUUUAUCUUAUUUUUGUUUUGUUGUAAAACCAAAAACUAGACUGAAAGAUAUUACUCUGCAUUUACCAAGCCCAUUCAUUAUGUUAUAUUUCCAAAAUCGUUUCAAAGUUCAUUUAUACAUCUUCCAUUUUCCAAGAAUUAUCAAAGACUUUUGUUUGUAUUUUGAUUUAUGGAUUUUAAUUUGUACAUAACGUCAUCUUAGGUUUAGUGUUACACAUAGCUUAAGAAUUCCUGUAUAUGUUACGACCUUAAGCUGACUUCUGAGUACCAGCUUAUAUUGAUAUAUCUAUGUAUUUAAUAUAGCUAUAUUUACUUAGUGCUAGCCUAAGAGAAUUAUGCAAAUAUAUAAAGUAUUAAAAGAAAGACAAGCUCAUCCAAUGCUAGGACUUAUUAUUUAAGUCAGGGAUACGCCUGCUAAUGAAUAAAUGUAACAAGCUAAUUAUAA